AUUUUCAGUAGAAAAUGUGCCGCUAUCGACUGAACAUGAUUCAAUCACGUGUGAUUUAAUUUAUUUAAUAUAUUUUUUUAUUUUAUCGCCUAUGCAAGUUACCUGAUUAUAGGGUAUAAUAAGUAUAGUUCAAGUAUAGAAAAAAAUUUGUUAAUUCUUAUUUGCAUUAGACGAACUUUAAUUUAAAUAAUAUAAACAUUUUUUUAAAUUUAUUAUUUUCAAAUUCGCGAAUUUUUUUGAAAAAUGUAUGUGAUACAAAUAUUAAAUAUAGGAAAAUUUUCAUUAAAAAUAUAAUAAAUUUCUCGAGUUUUUAAUGAAAAUCAACUUCAUUAUAUAUAAUUUUUGGAAAGAUGCUGCUAGUCUUCUUUUAGCAGCUCGUCAUCGUGUCAAACCCAAAGAAACUUCAUCGUCAGUUUUUACGUAUGACUAUCAAUUAUUGGCGCUGAAGAGACAUCAAAAUUCAAGUUUUAUGCCCGGUGCUUAUGUAUUUCCUGGUGGUACAACUGAAUCAGCUGACGCUGAUUUAAAGUGGAAUAAACUUUUCGCUGCAUUUGGAUUUGAUCAGAAUAAUUUUAAAUCAUUGAUACCAAAUACAAAUGUCAGGCCACCUAUUUUUAAAAAAAUUUCUAAUGAACUUCCACGUGAAAUUUCUCUACGUAUAACUGCAAUUCGAGAAACAUUCGAGGAAUGUGGAAUUUUACUUUGUAAACGCUCGACAAAAGUUGGAUUUUUAAAAGAUUGGGCCGAAAAUUUAACAGUUACAAACAGAGAACUUGAAGAAUGGCAAAAUAAAGUGCACAAUGAUCCCACAGAAUUUUAUAAAUUAUGUGAGGGUCUUCAAUGUUAUCCUGAUUUAUGGUCUCUACAUGAAUGGAGCAAUUGGUUAACACCAACCAACGUUGGUGGAAAGCGUUUUGAUACUGUUUUUUAUUUGGCUUGUCUACCAGAAAUUCCUGAUGCUAAAUAUGAAGAAACAGAAAUGGAGGAUUUAAUAUGGGCAAAUCCAAAGAAUCUUAUUAAUUCAACAUCGAGUGUUCUUUUAAUGCCACCACAACAAUAUGAAUUAGCGAGAUUAGCAAAAUUUGAAUCAUUAGAUAAUUUAUUAGAAUUUGCUGUCGAUCGUAGCAAAAUGGGCGUACACUUAAACUUUCCGGUCAAGGUAAAAUUAUUGGACGGUACAGUAUUUCUUUUACCCGGAGAUUCAUUGUAUCCAAAGCAUGUGAGUUUUAUAGAAAAAAAUAUUCUCGACAAAUCAACAAUGACAAUUAAUGAAUUACGAAAUGAUUCGACAAUUAAGAAUCGUUUGGAAUUUUAUGAUCUUGAAAUUAAAAAAAUAAUUGUUCACAAUCAUGAAAAUAUUGAUGGGCAUUUAUCACCACUUCCCGUUCAAACUGUUCGUAUUAAGCCAAGUAAAUUAUAAAAUUUGUACAUUGGUUUGAAAAAACCAAAAUAUUUUUUUUUUUUAUAAUGUGAAUAAUAUGUUAAUUAAGUUUCUUAGUUUCUAAAAUUUUGUAAAUAAAUUAUUUUUUACAAAAA